AGGCCGAGUCUCCGUCGCCUGUUUAAGACUUGAUUCAGAGUCGUUUGUGAAAAUCCCUGAGGGCUGGGAACGCGGUGGGAACGGUGGGACGCAGCAGCUUUUCAGUGUGUUAAUAGCAGCUUGUUUUUCAUUUUAUUUUGCACUAUUCUGGUUUCUGUUUAUUGCAGAGACUCUCGCGACAAGCUGGGACAGCAGCGUUUCUAUCGGCAGGGUGUUGUGUGUGUGCCGACAGGCAGAGUCACAGUCACUGAGUCUUGUGGGACCAGCAUGAGAUGUGGAGCUUCUUUGAGGAGAAUUUCUUGCAUCUGUUGACUCUUGUGGCUGGGGUUUUUCAUUUGGGAGGAGUCUUUCCCGUGUCUGCCUUCUCUGUAGCAAGCAAAAGUGUCAAGAAGACUGUUGGCCAUUACAGCAUUGUGUGCUGAAAGUAUUUUUGUGACAGAGCAGAGAAUGCACAUCACCAUUUUGCAAAGGAGACAAUAAUCCUAAGAGAGGCUUUCAUUGCCUGCUGAUCUCAGGUGGGGAAACUGCAUUUUUCCACUGGCUGCUGGGCUGCCCAGGAGAGUCUGACGUUUGACUCUUUGCUUCUCUUUUUAAAUUCUUACCACAACCAACAAGGUCUGAAGAAAGAGGUUAAUUUGAGGCUCUAAUUGUGACAGGACAACCUUGUAUUCCUCUUUCACCCAGAUCUGAUAACUUUAUCAAAACAAUGCAAAAUUCUAGAGUUGAGAAUGGGUAAAAAGGCUUUGUCCAGGAUUCACAAAUGACAGUAGCAGUCACAGAUGACUUUUUUGCUUCAACAUAUACAUAAUUUCUCUUCUGAUUGUAUCUGGUUCAAAGAUGCUACUGUCUCCCUUUGCAUGUUGGACUCUGCUGCUGUGGAAGAAAAAUGCACUGUAAAGGCAGAUGAACCAGAAGAAAUUAAAAAGUCUUGUUGGAUUUUAUCAAGUAAGAUGAUAGUGUAUUCACACAGCAAUCACUAUGUUGUGGAGUGCAAAGGUGCUCGUAGUCCUUGGACAGCAUUUCUGAUCCCUCACCUGUGUUCCUAGGACAAUAUCUCAGUGUGUUGCCUGUGCUGGUGGUCCCUCUGGUCAAACAGAUGGUGAAUGGUGAGCUGUUAAGCAGCGAGCUGCAAGGCUGGAGGGAGCCAGGCUGCAGGAUCCUGGGGUUAGUGCUGAUCCUCAGGAGUUGGUUAGUUGUCCUGUGUGUUUGCUCUGAGCUCUGGUGGGUAGGAAUGAGGACUCCUGACAGCCAAGGGGGUGUUGGUGAUGUGCUGCGAUGGCUUCCAUGGGACAUGGGAAAAGGUGGCCUGAGAAGAAAGCAGCGUGUUUUCCCUACAUUCGUUCUGUCUGCAGCUCCCACGUGUAUUGAGGCAAAGCCUUUGAGGAAAGGGUUCCUGGAAGAACGUCCAAGGUCAUUAAGAAUGGCUACUUAGUUGUCUCCUUGUGCUUCUGACAGUUUCCCAGAGAAACAAAGGCAGUUUGAAGGCGUGCUGUAUAUCUGAAGUGUUUUGGUAGGGAGAGACUUGGACAAGUUUAUGUAGAGCUGUGUGUGGAGGAGGCUCCUUGCAGAGAGCUAAGCAGCAGCCUUUGCUUCCAAGUGUGUGUUUUGUGUCUGUUAAAGCAGGCAUCCUCCUCUUUUGGGCUUUGAAGCCUGUGAUGACAGGGCAGGGAACACUUGGCUUGGGAUACGUGUUCCUCUCCUUAUGGAUAUCAAAGAGGGUCCAAGCAAGAGAAGUCUGGCUGUGGGAGCCCCGUUGUGGCAGCAAGCUCCAUAAAUAAACAGCAAGUAGGUGUGUGCUUAUGCUAGGAGUACAGUGACAUGUAUUUUCAAACAGUGUACUUGCUGCCUGUAAAAAAUGGAUUGCUGGUCCCAGGCUCUGGGAAUCAGAGGUGGGGAGCAAAUGUGACCAAUAUUUUCCUGUCUGGUAGAUGGAAGGUGCGGUAGUUGUCUUCCUGGUGAGUUGUCAUGUGCACAGAGUAAAACAGUCUGUAUAAAUCUAACCUUGUUUCUCAACCUCAAACUGGCCUGGGCAGCAACUGAAGAAAUGUGCUGGGAAAUAGCACAGCUUCUGCCAGUAAGGGGCCAGUGAACGAGAACGGAAACAAGAGGUCCACAUCAGGAGGAAAGACAUUUUUCACUUGGGAGAUCUGAGUGAGAAGGAGAGCAAACAGAGUCAGGGAGUGUAUUGUCCAGAUCUGUGUGGACAGUCUCUUGCAUCCAAGAGAUGCAAGAUUAACAUCCAGGGAUGUUAAUGCUGGGAUCUGGAAAAGAUGGUAUGCUGGAGGGGGAGGUUUCUGUGAUGCUGUGCCUCAGAGAUUCUUGGUUGACGCUGAUAAUUGAGGAAGUCAAAUCUGUUGUCUUGGACAAGAUGUUACUCUGACUUUGUAAAUCCCAGGCCAUGUUGUAUGCAUUCUGAUACUGAUGCUCUUUUUGUCUGUAUUUUGCUGACUGGAUGCCAUUCUGCUCCUAGCUGGCUGAUAGAACUCAUGCAGGCUUGUUGAGCAGUCUUUUGUUCAGCAAUGAAGAACAGACUUUCAUUCGUGUGGGACUCCCAUUUAAGUGUUUGUGUUUAGGUGAUCCUGAAGUAGGGGAUCUGUAGUAUGUACAGAAACACAAGAGUGGGACAAAAAUGAGUUUUCCCUUGCUGUCCCCAUCCUGUCUCCAGGAAAUCCGGUUCUGUUACCAGUUUUCCAUGUGUUCGAGUCCUGUGUGAAAAGCACGUGUGGCUGGGCUGCAAGAGCAAGACGGCAGGAUGUUGUCGAGACCAAAGCCUGGGGAGUCCGAGGCAGACCUGCUGCGCUUCCAGAACCAGUUCCUGGCAGCCAGAGCUUGUCCUGCAGUGAAGAUUGUGAAGAAGGCAGACAAGAGGAAAGGGAAGGAAGGGAGCACAGAUGCUGAGAGACCACCGCUACAGGAUGACAGCAAAGAUGUGGUCAUGUUGGAUGGUUUUCCUGAUACUCUCCCUACUCUAACUCCAGCUCCUCCAAAAAAGUCCAAAAGUGCUAGUGUCCACUUUGAGGAUGAAGAUCCAGAGGAAAGAUUGGAGAGUCAUGAUCGACACAUUACAGCUGUCUUCAGCAAAAUUAUUGAACGAGAUACAAGUGCACAAGCAGUGACCAUGCCAGUGCCCACGGGAGACCCCUUUCCAAGGACAUUUCACCGCUCUGAGAUAAAAAGUGAGGUGCAGCUGGGAUCUGGAAGAAAAAGCAUCUUUGCACAGAAGAUGGCAGCGAAAAGAGCUGCUGAAAAGGCAGCGACAGCUCCCUCUGCUGCCGAGUGCGUGCAAGUGAGAUCAGCUGCUCCGGAUGCCUUGGAUCCUGUGGGAUCCGCGGGAGAGCCACCUCUCUUCAGCAUCAGGGAUGAUAAAGAUGGUGACUUUUUGACCUCUCAGCGUCCUUGUCUCAUAACGGGAGAGGGUCUUGGAAGCCAAAAGAGUGAGCAGGAGGCUCAAGCUAUUCACAAAGAGAACUUGGAGAAGCUGCAGUCCAUGUCUGAAGAAGAGAUCCUGCAGGAGCAGGCGAAGCUUCUGGCUCAGCUGGAUCCCAGUUUAGUUGCUUUCUUGAAAUCACAACGUGGUAACAAUGAAGGCCAGAAAAAGGAAUUAAAAAUGGAACUGAACAGACCGGAGGAGUUUUUGGAAUCUCUGCCUGUGGCGCAGCAUGGUGUAAGAUCAUCUCUUUCCAUGCAGGAGUCAGAUAUGGAAGAACAUGUAAGAAAGGAAGAAAAUACGAAGGUAGAAAUCAUGGAUGAUGAUCUACCUGUGAAGCCCAGGAAGGAGUGGAUUCACAUGGACAACGUAGAGUUUGAGAAGCUGGAAUGGAUGAAAGAUUUGCCCUCACCUCGGCAGAGGAAAACCAAAAAGGGGAUGCAAGCUCGAUUCAGUUUAAAAGGAGAAUUGAUUCCUGCAGAUGCUGAUUUGCCAACACAUCUAGGCUUGCACCACCAUGGAGAAGAGGCAGAGAGAGCUGGUUAUUCUUUGCAAGAGCUCUUUCAUCUUUCUCGCAGCCAAGUGACACAGCAGAGGACGCUGGCUCUACAGGUAUUAGGUCGUAUUGUUCAAAGGGCCAGGGCUGGAGAGUUUGCUUCCUCAUUGAAGGGCAGCAUUCUGCGUCUGCUGCUUGAUGCUGGCUUUCUCUUCUUGCUGCGCUUCUCGCUGGAUGAUGCAGUGGAAAAUGUCAUGGCAGCAUCUGUUGGUGCUCUGCGGGCUCUGCUGGUGUCACUUGAUGAUGAGAAAUAUCUUGACUGGACUUUCUCAUGGUACCAAGGGAUGGCUGCAUUCCCCUUUGUCCCUAACAAUGAGGAGGAAGAAGAAGAGGAAGAGGAAGAGUUAAAUGGAACAGAGAAAUCUCAGGAUAAAAAAUUAAAGGAUGAAAACAAGCCAGACCCAGAUGUGGCCCGAUAUGAUGUUGUAAAAGGACUUUUGAAGACAAGGAUCCAGCACCGGCUGAGGUACAUCUUAGAGGUGGUACGACCUGUUCCAACAGUAGUCCUGGAUGUACUGCACAUCCUCACCCAUAUAGCAAGGCACUCCUCUGAAGCGUGCAGCCAGGUAAAUCUCCCACUGUUUAGGAGCUUGGGAACAACAGAGGAAGAUUUGGAAAGGGGAAGAAAGACCAGAUGGAGUAAUGGCAAGGAGAUCAGACAAACUUGUCUGUUCUGCAUGUCUGCUAUGAAGUUCAUCAGGGUGUUGGCAUCUGGAGGCCGAAAUGCAACAGCCAGGCUGCUGAACAAAUUUGAAAUGAAGAGUCGGUUAAGUCGCUUUAUCGCUGAAGACCCUCUGGAUCUGCCCCUGCCGAAGGAGGAGGCCGUGAGGCUGAGCACCGAAGCCUUCCGGCUGUGGGCUGUGGCUGCUGGCUACGGGCAGGCCUGCGACCUCUACAGUGAUCUCUACCCUGUGCUGGUGAGGAUACUGCAGUCCCUUCCCGAGUUGCUCAUCGGGGAGAGCCCUGUGGUUGAGUUGUCUGUGCAGCGAGCUGCAGCAGUGGUUACUCUGUUGACACAUGUGACACAAACAGCGGGAUACACAGGAGAGCUGCAGGCCAAGUUGAGCAGCAAUGACUCAGAAGAUAGUGAACCAAUUCCACCUCCUCCAGUAGCAUGGAAUCAAGUGUCAGGCUUACAACCCUUCCUUGAGAGAAGUCUGAAAAAAAUCCUUCCGCAGAUAUCCCAGACAGAAACUUGGCAAACUCUCCAGCCUCUGACCACAGCUUGUGUGAUCUUCCUGGGAGUUUAUUACAGUGCUUACAGCCAACAGCCAUCAGUCAAUCCAGUUGACUGCUUAGAGGAACUGGAACAUUUGACAUCGGAGAUGCUGCUGCCCCUUCUCAGCCAGCCAGCCAUAGAUAGCAUGUGGGAUUUGCUCAGGCCAUGUUCUGCUUUGUGCAACCCUCUGUCCUGUUCCUCGGCACCGGAAUCCGUCGGCAGCAUUGCAUCUCUGAGCUGCACUGGAGGAAAACCUCCUUUGAGCCUGCUUGGCUCCAAGUCACCUUUCCCCUUUCUCACUGCCCUCUUAUUUCUCAUCAAUAACCUCACUCACAUUCACAAGGGCCUGACCAGCAAGUACAGCUCUGUGCUGGGCUUCAGAGGCUUGAAGGAUUAUCUGCAUCAAAGCUGGCAGACUGGACCUCCCUCUGUGACUCCCUCAUCUGCGUGGAUCCUACGCCAUGAAUAUCACCUGCAGUACUUUGUGUUAGCGUUGGCUCGGAGAAUGGCAGGCACUUGUCCGGAUUACACCCAGCAUGCCUCACUCCAUCACUGUGUUGCCAUGGCAUUGCUAAGCCGUCUGUUGCCAGGGAGUGAGCAUCUGGCUCAUGAGGUCCUACUGGAUCUUGCCUUUAAUCCAGAGUUUCUUCCUGAAGGGAAAGCUGGUGGGCCAGAAGCAGCUGACUUCUCUGAUAUUCUGCAUCUGGGUACCAGUGCCAAACUGGCACAGCCUGGCUCGGCAGCAGCAUUUCUUCCCAAGGUUACUCGUGGUGCCCUGCUGAGAGAAUCAUACCAGAAUCUGCCUUCCAUUCGUUCCUGCUACCUCUCUCACUUUGUCCUCUUGCAGCCCACCCUUACGCGUUCUCAGGUGUUCUACCAAGGGCGGAAUUACCUCAUCCAGUCAAUGCUGCUUCCUGAGGUCAAAGGGCCCAUCCUGCCUUCAGACUGGCCGUUCUUUCCACUUAUCAGCCUCUACAACAAAGUGACUAAUGCAGAGACACGUGGGGCUGUACUGAACUCUCUCCCACUUGAUCUCAUCAACACUGUGACCUGGAACCUGCAGUGGGUCUUGUUGCUGGAAACCUGGCGUCCUAAAAUCCUUCAGAGCAUCCCGACUGCUGCCAAACUUGCACGGCUUAUGUGUGUCUUCCUCACUGGCAGUGACCUCUUUCUAGAAGCACCAAUUCACCGCUAUACAGCUGCCCUUCUCUCUGUGUAUUGCCAACCCAAGGCCCUGGACUCCCUGAACUUGGAUGCUCCUCUCCCUGGUUUGGCGUCCUUCCAUGAUCUCUAUAUAAGUCUCCUGGAGCAAUUUGAGGGCGUCUCCUUUGGAGAUCCACUCUUUGGAGUCUUUGUUCUUCUUCCUCUACAGAAGCGUUUCAGUGUUCAUCUGCGUCUCUCUGUUUUUGGGGAGCACACAAAUAUCCUGCGGGCGCUGGGAGUGCCAUUACAGCAGUUUCCUGUGCCUCUUGAGCGCUACGUUUCCCCUCCUGAGGAUAACCUGAACCUCCUGCGACUCUACUUCCGAACGCUGGUCACUGGUGCGCUGCGCCACACCUGGUGCCCUGUGCUGUACGUGGUGGCCGUGGCUCACGUGAACAGUUUUAUUUUCUCCCAAGAAAACACAACACAGGAGAUAGACGCUGCUCGGAAAAGCAUGCUGCGGAAGACGUGGCUGUUGGUGGAUGAGAACUUGAAAAAGCACCUGCUGUACUACAGACUGCUGAAUGCAGAGAGUCCUCUGGGAUUUGACCUUUAUGAACAGCUCCCUCCCGUGCGGCUGAAGUACCUGCAGAUAGUGACACAGAAAGAAAUUACAGAGAAUGCACCAGCAUUAGACUCAUAGCAAAGCACUUGUGCAAGAAGAGUGCCAAGGUGAAGAGCGGAAAAGCUCAGUUUAUACUUCACUGAUGAAGUGAAGUGAAAUUACUUGCAGUUCAAAUGGUUUUAGUCUUACCUGGACACUCUUGGCAUCUUUGCCUAGUGAAGCACUGAUGAAUGCUCCCAGCCCUGCAGAGCAACAUGCAUGUUGUCAGGAAAUGACAGCAUGUGUUUGUGUGGCCUCUCUGUGAUGGGUGUUGGAGCAUUUUCCUCCAUUCUCCUUCAAGUUGUUCUGCUUCUUCCCAGAGGAGGUGAGAAUGUGUCUGAAAGGCUCUGGACCGUUGAAUAAACUGAAGGAACUGGAAAAGCUGUUUUGUCCAGUCAGGCUGGAAACUGGGUUCUCAAGAUAAUGUCUGUUUUCUCCAUAUCCUUCCAUUGCUUUUUUUGUAUUUUGAAUGGUCCUUUCCUCACACUCUAUACCCUGCAAACAGAAUGACAGUAUGACAGAGAGGAAUCUCAUCCUGAGAGGUAGUUUUUAACAUAUACAUACAAGCAGUUUCUCCAAGAUAGUGUUUUGUGCAUACACUCACUCAGUAACACAGAUGUAUUGUGUUAAACCUUUAAGAAAUAUGAGUUCCUAGUGCAGUCGUAUGAACACUGAAUAUCCUCCCUUGGCUGUCUUUUGGAUGGUCUCUAAACUGGUUUCUUUUCUCCCUUAAUUUGGUUACAUGUAUAACAAGAUCAAAAAUAAUUUCUUUUCAGGCCAGAAUGCAUGGCAGUAACUACCCCUCAUUAGAGAAAAAAAAAAUAGUAUCUGCUUGUUUAAUUAGAAUAUGUAUUGGUUGCCCUCUGAGGAGAAUGCAGUUUAAAUUUUGAAGUGGAGUUUCCUAGCUCAAACCUAAUUUUAAAAAUGUCUAAUUUGAUCCCACUUCUACAUCCAAAUUCUGAAUUGCAGCCUCAGACACAAAGGCUGUGAAUAUAGAUCCCUAAAAGGUUCAUUCCAAGUGCCACAUCAAGUCCAGAAUUUUCUCUAGGUAUAUGAUCUCACUGGAUGUUUCCUUUAUACUUUCACAUGGUCAUUCUGGCAGGCUUUUCUUUGGAGAACUUGACUUUUAUGAACAAAACUUUUUAAAGAGAUUUCUGAUGUUUUUAUGAAUAAAUUGCUAUGGAGUUUGCAGGGUGAUGCCUGGUCUGAGGAGCUCAGCCUCUGUUUUUACCUAACAAAGAGGUCAAGCUAGCUUCCCUCUGAAGAAACCACAGCUGUAAUUAACCUUGCUCCACUGAAUGUCCCAACAGGAGUGUGAAUCAGUGUUAAUAGGCCCACUUUAAAUGUCUUCAAUUGUUCACACAAGAAACAAAUUCCAGACAGCAACUCAAAUGAAUCAAAGAAUCGUUGAGUUUGGAAAAGACCUUGUGUCCAACCAUAAUACAAUAUCUUUCUUUCACCUGACAGUAGUGUGUUGCUGCCCCCUCAAAUGCCUGCAUAAUCACAUAGGGCUUAGGGCAUUUGUGACUGAUGCUUUGUAUUGGCAGUUUUCUAAGUGUUCCAGUCCCCUUCCUUAGGUUGCCAGAAAAUAGUCAGUUUCAUCUUUCUUUCCCUUAUUUUAGAGGGAAAAUGAGCAAAAGUGGUAUUUCCUCCCAAUCUCUUUUUCUUUUCUUCCCUUUUGAUCUGUGGUUUCCAUCUGCAGCAGAUCAAUGUCAUGUAAAAUAACAAAAGCACAGCUAACACGAUUCUUUUUUAUUGUUAAUUACUUUAAAAGUAUUUGAUGUGAUUAAAAGUUUAAUCAAAGUCAUUCAAGCUUUAAUCUGUCUGGUGAGAGCCCAGCAGUUGUCUUUCAGAGAAUGAAUGGUAAAAUUUAAGGACUCCUAGCUGCCCAUUUAAGAGCACUCCUUCAAGGACUUUACCUUUUGCUUUUCAGUCCUCCAGUUAUAAAAUCUCUUCCAGUCCUUUUGGAAUGCAAAGUUGAAUUUUGUAAUGUGUACAGGAUGUAAAUAAAUAUUUUGAUAGCUCUGCAGGUGUUUUUUUGAACUAUGA